GCAGUUUGGCAUAUCGUCUCCAAACACCAUGCCCUGUCCUUCUCCAAGGGGAAGUUCUCUUGUUUUUUCUCCAAAUGUCGGCCAUUUUGGUCGUAAUUCAUCAUUUGGCAUUGACGUGUCCGAAUACAACUUAGAGGACUUGUUGUCCUAUGAUGACCUGUUCCUGGACUAUUUCAAUGCCUUCCUACAACUCCCAGCUUUUCCGCUACCGCUGAGAUACAACCGUCUGACAGCUACAUUCGAGGAGGCGGAAGGCUCUCGUAGCACAGUCACCGGUACCUUGUGCGGAACGCCUCCCCCAAUCUGGGGGGCCACAGACGAGGAAAGGGAAAGUGUCUUAGACUGGGCCAAGAAGGAGAGAUUACCACUAUUCCUAAGAUCGAGACAUUUCAGGGAAUACAAGUUGUGCAAGCUGCUGCUGAGGCGUCUGGACAACAACCGCCAGUCGCUGAGUCGUCAGAGCAGCCGUGGUAUCCGUGGUUACAGCCAGCCAACCAGCAGCCUGGGAACCAGCUCCAGUCUAACCACCACUACAACCACGGAAGAUGAUGAUGAUGAUGCAGAGGAAAUUGAUUACCGGGGACAUCAUGCGCAGCAGGCAGUGGAGAGUCUGGGCAGCUAUGUGGGUUGGCCGGAGAUCAGUAGUGCAAUCUUCAGGUACGCCCGACCUGGCAGCAGGGCCAUCAGUCUACCAGCCAGUAUAUUUGGACAAGCGUACUCCAUGUAUGGCAGCGAGGAGGACGGAGUAACGACCUUGAGUCAGCCCAUGUCCUCCAUCAAAAUGGAGGGGGGAGGGGGGCAGGCAGACAGCAGCAGCAACAGCUCCAGUCAGAGGAGGAGGGCAACAGCAGGGGACAACAGGGAUUAUGUCAACAAAUACCCCAACAUGCCCCCAGCUGAAACUCUAACAGGCCUGGGACAGAUCAGCGACUCUGGGCUGGGAACGACCAUUCAGAGUGACUCACGCACGCACAUAACCACCAGAGAAGGUUUAACCACGAGAGAUGGCGUUUCCAGCAUGGAAGAGUCCGUCAGUCCGGAAAAGGCUGCAGUUUCUAGUCCCAGUAAAGUUCCAGGUGUUCCGGUAGUCCCAGAAGGUGCAAUACCAGAGACAGUGGGGCCCAUGCCUACCCCACAGACCUGUGUUGUUGUGGGUCAUGAGCAGAGACAGGAGGAAGUGAAGAGUGUGGACACUCUGACUCAGGACCAGGAUGAAGAAGACAGGAGACACGUGCAACUGCCGAUGGACAGCUUCGCUUACCUGUCACCUGACUACGACAGGUUUUACACCCCUAACAACAGAACAACAUCAGCCCCAGCUGGGUCCUCAGCCUCCCCCUUCAACUUAGCAGAUGCCCUGGAGUAUUUCCAGAUGUACUACGACUCUGAUGAUGAAAGGAGAGAUGGGGAGGAAUACUUAACAUUUGAAGAUGAUGCUGCAAGUGAUGAGCGGACAGAAGAGGACGUGCGCACCUUGGAAGGAAGAAUACAAACAACUUUGCAUCAGCUCAAGGAGGUUGUCUUGGGGAAGAUGUCUGGUAUGGAGUCUUUCCAUGACUUUUUGUCGGACACGGCAGGGAUUCACCUGUUAAACUUCUGGCUGGACUGUGAGGAGUUUAAAGACAGCAUGGCUGCUGCAGAAGAGACUGAACAGACCAAAACACUCAGGGCUAGGCUUUUCAGGGAUAUUCAGGAUAAGUACAAGUUUAACCUGACUCCGGAUGCACAGCAUCAGAUCCGAGUUGCCCAGGAGAAUGAUGGCGUGAGCUACACGGUGUUCACUCGUACCCAGUAUGACGUGCUGCGGAGACUGCGGUCUUACUGGGUACCCAGAUACCUCGUGCACCGGUCUCUCAGUCAACAACAGGACCACAAGUCUAAGAAGGCUGCUCCAACACUUGCGCGGGAAGUCACCGGUCUGUCCUUCCUCCCGUCCAUCACGUUCUCGGCAUCGCUGCCCGUACGUGGCGACGAGCUCGCGAGGCUCGCACAGAGCCACAACUGGGAGGUGGUGGCGCAGGGCGGGCGGAGACUGGAGGCGACGUACGGUCAGGAGAAGAAGAUUAGCGUGGACGAGAAGGCCCUAGAGGAGAGGGUGUUAGCUGGGCUGGGUACAGACGGGUCUGCGGGCGGACCUUUCAGGAGGUUUCUGGAAAAGAACUCCGACCACCAGAAGCUAGCUACCCUACUGUUCUGGCAGCAUGUGGGGGAGUACACUGCAGAAGAGAAGCGCUCGGCAGACAGGCACCUGCGCAUGUGCCGCGCCUGGGACAUCUACAACACAUACAUCGCACACGACAGCAAGUUCAACAUAGGAGUUGCACCAGUAUAUUGUGAUGCUCUAUACCAGGUACUGGCUCACACCAAAGACUACGUGAAGGCCUCUGUGUUUGAUGGGGCCAAGACACACGCUCUAGACAUCCUCACAAAAGCCUGGGUCAAGGCUAUGAGAUCAGACCUCAGGAGAUUCUUUGAAUGUCUCCCCAAGAGAGACUUAACCAUUCCUUCAACACCAAGUGUGAAGGAGUCCACACCGGUGAGAGAACUGCCUCCUAAGCCGUGGGUUAGGAGGUACCCUGGGUCCUCUGAGUCUCAGCGGGCUAGAAGACUGCAGAAGGCUCUAGACGUGGCCGAGAAGAUAGAACAAGAGCGGCUGGAGGAGGUUAGACAAAAGAAGAAACAGGAAAAGGAGAGGAAAAAGAGGGAGCAAAGGAGAAGGUUGAAGGAGAUGCGGACCGGUACAGUCUCCAGAGGCAAGCCCCCAUCUUAUAAGCCCCCAUCUAUUACCCAGUCUAUGGCAGCCAUGGAGCAACAGUCAACAACGGAAGGAGGGAAGAAGUCAGUCCCCCAGUCAGCCACCAGUAGUCACAAGGAGAUGCCGGGACCACCAUCUUUCCUGGAGAUGAGCACACACAGACCGGUGAUGGGGGUGUUUAAGAAGCAUGUGCAGGAGCAGGAGUCCAGUGAGCUGCUGAACAUGCUGCAGAUGUACUUCGAAAUCGAGAACUACCACACCGAGCAGUCUGAUGCUCGGAAAGGCGCCAUGUCCAGACACAUCUACAAAUCGUUUUUGGACCCGUUUUCGUCGCGUUACCUGCUGAUGCCCGACAAAGUGACCAAUCGGCUGCUGAAGGAAAACGAGAGACCGGGGGCGGGGACGUUACAGCUGUGCCAGAGACACAUCCGACCCGAGCUACAGGACAGCUUCCGCAAGUUCUGGGAUAACCUGGACCUGAGUAAGGUGCGGCUGGACGCCCAUGUGAAGGCAGAGCUGGCCCUCAGGAAGGGAAUCAGCGCCAAGCUGGUCGCCAAGAUCAGCUGGAACAAGAGCAGGAAAAAGCAACCAGGCCGAGGGGAGCCCACAGCAGAGGAUCGUGAGGAGCUUCUGUCACUGUUUGAUGUCGUUGCCAAGGGAACCAUCCCCAUCAAGCUGCUGUACUUCAUGCACUACCUGCUGCAGUACAAGGAGUCUGACUCCUGCCCCUUCCUCUACAACGACUGCUGGUUCUACAUAGAGACUCAGAAAUUCAAGCAUCUGCAGGAGUCUGCUGCAGACACUCUGGUCAAACAGAAGCUGCAGGUCAUCAUGCAGUGUUUCAUUGAGUCACAGGCUGAGCCACAACUUCAGAUUGAUAUUCCUCUGGACCAGGUAUCUAAAAUGCAAUACAAAGUGUACAACUACGUGCACAACAAAGGGAAGGAUGCCCACUCACCUGACCUGUUUGAUGAGUCCCAGAAGACAGUUUUUACUGAGCUGCUGCCCUACUGGGCUGGUUUCAACAAGCAGUACGAACCUCCCAAGUCAGCUGGCAAGGGAAAACCAGUGACUCACAUUCACAAGCUGCUACAACGACGUCUGGAGAAGUUCAAGUCUGCUAAGCUGCCUCCUCUAGACAUGACGGUGCCUGACAAGGGUGACCGAGAGACGUUUGGAAUCAGUGCCUUCAGUUUCUCCAUCAGUGAGGGGCUACAGUGGAAGUUUGAAGACAUAGAGCUGUUGUCUGAUAGUGACAGUGAUGAUGACUCCAUCGGCACAGCCAAGAAAGUAACGUGGAUGCUGCCAGAUCCAGACACAUGAACGCAGGCUGGGAUUGGAGAACCUGAGUUUACUGCUUUGCCAGACAAAAGAUUUCUGCAACCACGUCCUCUUUAAUUGCUAGUAGAAAAUGAUCCAUUCUUUGUGUUACUUAGCCAAACAGGCUGUAUUUUCAGUUUAGAGACUUGGAACACUCCACAGGCUACUCUUCCUCAUGGAUGCAAAGGACACAGUUCUACACCAAAUCAUACAGCUUGUAUCUCAUGCAGCUAGGCCAGGCAUUCAGCCAAUGGUCACAAUGUUGCCACAUUCAUUAGAAUCAAUUUAUUGAUGGAUGUAACUCCAUAAGCACUUUUCUAGCAAAUGUGGUGUUGUAUAAGACAGUAAACAUACUGAUCUCAAGUUAAUUUUCUAUGUUGAAACAUAUCAUAUGUAUCAUGGCAUGUACUCAUCUAAAGAAGCUUUAAAGAGUUUAUAAGUCUAGAGAAACCUAUUAUUGAGGUCAGAAUGGUAAGUGCUCUUGACUACCUGUAAAUCUCAGGAGACCUUGCCUGUAAGAUAUCUAUGUGCCAAAUAUUCAGCCGUUCAGCAAAAAUGUGCCAAUUGUAAUUAAACCAAUUAGGAGCUUUGAAAAAAAAUCAUUAUUGAACAUAUUUUUGUGAAAGUGUUGGACAUGUGUAUGGAUUACUAUAAUGUUGAUGUCACGAUAAAGCCGUGUGACAGGCCCUUCAGUGUAAUAUAACCAGCUGCUGCCACAAUGCACUUGUGUUACACAAAAGGGAUGUUAUACCGAGCUACGGAGACACAUGACUUUGCUACCAUACACUUUUGUUUAAUUUGGUUUGCAGGAGAUUUGAAUAUUUUCUAGUCUUUGGAGUCUUUCCAUGACAGUGUAUCAAAAUGUGUACACUAUGACAAGCUGCUAAUAAUUCUGUUGAAUUCUUAUCAUUUGCUUUUCAUUUUGUAUAGCGUGUAGCAUUGUAUCAUUAGGGCUGAUUUGUUUAAACUCUGAGCUAUGCCAGUGAUCGUGCCAAAUCAAUGACAGAUUUAUUAUCAUAGAUAUUCCAUAUUUUAUUGAUCAUCAUGUAAAUUAUUGGGAUCUGCUGUGACUAUUUACUUGAGAAUUUUUACAGGACCUAUGACACUAUGCUAUUUGUGCAACUGCAAUUUUGAGAGUAGAUAUAUCCUUUGUGCAAUGUUUGAACAGAAGAGAUUUCUAGCUAACGUUACAUUCAAUUCUAAUCUCAUUUUGUAAAUUACCAAAUGCUACUGAUUGAGAUUAGCCGUCUGCUGCUUAUGAGUCCUAUUUCUAUGCAAUUUUCUUAGGAAUGCGAGAAUAAAAUGUGUUCCUUGGA